AUCCUCCUCAUGGGCCUGCGGCGUAGCGGCAAGUCGUCCAUUCAGAAGGUCGUUUUUCAUAAAAUGUCUCCUAAUGAGACUUUGUUUCUGGAGAGCACCAACAAGAUUUACAAAGAUGAUAUUUCCAAUAGCUCCUUCGUGAAUUUCCAGAUAUGGGACUUUCCAGGACAGAUGGACUUUUUUGACCCAACAUUUGAUUACGAGAUGAUCUUCAGAGGCACAGGGGCACUGAUAUAUGUUAUUGACGCUCAGGAUGACUACAUGGAAGCUUUAACGAGACUGCACAUUACCGUUUCUAAAGCCUACAAAGUUAAUCCAGAAAUGAACUUUGAAGUUUUUAUUCAUAAAGUUGAUGGCUUAUCAGAUGACCAUAAAAUAGAAACUCAAAGGGAUAUUCAUCAAAGAGCUAAUGAUGACCUUGCAGAUGCUGGACUUGAAAAACUCCACCUUAGCUUUUAUUUGACCAGUAUCUAUGACCAUUCAAUAUUUGAAGCCUUCAGUAAAGUGGUGCAGAAACUCAUUCCACAACUGCCAACCCUGGAAAAUCUACUAAAUAUCUUUAUAUCAAAUUCAGGAAUUGAAAAAGCUUUUCUCUUCGAUGUUGUCAGCAAAAUCUACAUUGCAACAGACAGCUCCCCUGUGGAUAUGCAAUCUUAUGAGUUGUGCUGUGACAUGAUUGAUGUAGUCAUUGAUGUUUCUUGUAUAUAUGGGUUAAAGGAAGACGGCAGUGGAAGUGCGUAUGAUAAAGAGUCUAUGGCAAUUAUCAAACUCAAUAACACCACUGUCUUGUAUUUAAAGGAAGUGACAAAAUUUCUGGCCCUAGUCUGCAUUCUUAGAGAAGAAAGCUUUGAGCGCAAAGGUCUGAUUGACUACAAUUUCCAUUGUUUCCGCAAAGCCAUUCAUGAGGUCUUUGAGGUGGGUGUUGCUUCCCACAGAACCUGCAACCAUCAAGCAAGCACCCCAAACAUGAAAGCAGUGACUCACAAUGGCACACCUAGAAAUGCAGUCUAGGGGGUACUAAAAACUGAUUGGACAGACUUGCCAGCUCUUAAAUCCAAAGUUUUUAACUUUGUGGAAUGGGAUAAAGAAUGCAGUCUUUAAGUCUGGGAUGUUUGUGUGUUCCACAAGAGAAGAGCAACAUGAACUUUGGAACAGCAGCCUGUAACUGGUGUUGGACAACUGAAACUACUGUAAAAACACUUUUUGAGGCCAGUGGAGUUAGAAUCGUCAACUCAAAACAAGCUUUAUUCUGAGUGUGGUGGCUUUUCCUGUUCAGAAUCCUGCUUUAACGGUUUGGAUACGACUGGGAGAUCCCUCCCUUUCAGUCAGAGCUUACAGAUGAUUGAGUUGUCAUAUGAAACAUUGAACAGCCAGGCGCUCAGUUUCCACUUUUAAUUGAUUAUCCUGUAAAAUAUCCAUUUUUUGCUUGAGUUUAACGUUUUGGCUUGCAGAGAACGUGGUGAUAUUGACCCUGUUGUGGAAACACCAAAAAAAUUCAUGCUUUUGCUUUAUAAAGGCCUGUGGCCUUACAACUUCACCGAAAGCCAAAUCAUUCCAUGAAAUUCCUUUGCCUCCACUCGAGUUGCUCAGCAGGGUAUUCUGAAAUUUGUUAAAUGAAUUCAGGAUAGAGCUCUACUGCUCUUAUGGCUUUAGGUUCAUUUGAAGGACUUUGCUGAGGCUUCAUUUUAAGAAAAUUCUGUGUUUUGCUGUUGGGCAACGUUUCUCACCAGGUCUCCUUAUUUGGUGGGGUGGGGGAAUAACAGUGAGAACAAACUACAUUUAUAUUGGUUUUUAUCAAAAUAGACUCAAAGUAGAAAGUCUUCAACUUCAAAGGAAUUAGUGUCUCUUACCAAUAGGGUUAUGUAAUUGUUAAUGUUUAGGAAGUUGUUAAAUAGAUGAAUUUAGCAGGACAUUGACAGAAGUUUAAACACUUCCAGGUACUUUUGAAGGAAAAAAGUGACCAAAUUCUUCACCUUGUGAUGGUGAUGGGAAUCUAUGCGGACUUUUUAAGGGAUCAUUCUCUUCCAGAGUCAGGGAGGUGCAAGGGGCACAGUAACUGUAGCAGGGAUAAAUUAGUUUUUAAUGGCUUGACAUAAAGAAUACACAAGAGAAAACACAAAAUGCCCCUACUGUUUGUUAAUCUUCUUUGGGAGUUUUCAGUACUGAUCCCUCUCGGCAAACAGCUUACAAUUUGGUUUGCCCUCAUGGUGUUAAAAUUGAGUAUCUUUGAUCUCUUGAACAUUUUUCCAUAGUAUGAGUCAAUAUCUGAAUUGUUUUAAUCUAAUUUAUUGGUAAUAUUACUUAAGACUUCAUAUUGUGCAUCAGUCCUGUAAAGAGCAGUAAGCCGAAUUGCUGUUCCAUUCAGAUCUUUCCUCUUGCUACUCAAUGCUUGUAUGUUCAAAAGCCACUGGACCAGUUGAGUACACAAGUGCCACUGUAAAAUGUUUAUAUAUAAAAAAUCUAUAUACGUAA